CUUGACAAGUACGACCAAGGCCGUUCCCAUAGCGUAAAGCAUGCGCAGCGUUUUAUCGUUCAUGUUGCUUGCGCUGUUGUGCAGUAAGCUCACACCUUUAGCGCAAGGACAGGCAGGCAGGGUUGCAAAAGCAGAGUUUAUCAGUUGCCCUGGCUGACGAUUGAACCACCUGCCCGAGGUUAAGAGGUUUCUGAAAGGCGAUAUCGAGCAAGGUGCCUACGAAAACGUCGCCGUAAACUUCAUUCCGGGCAGGAUUCCAGAGCUGGUACUCUACGAUUCAAAUAAUGUUGAGGUUGAGCGGAUGUUCGUCGACAAGCUCAAGUAUGAUGAGCUCCACACACUUAUCCAAACCAAAGGCUUUCAUCGGAAAGUUCUCGGUGCCACAGCUGUCCGCUUGCGUACCUUCCGGAGGGUAUUGUGGUGGCUGGUUUGAGCUUUCCUUUUAUUAGCCUUUAAGGCCACACAGUCCAUUGUGACGCGCGUAAAGCUCGUGCUGCAAGCCCAUCAUGACGGCCGGUGAGCCCCAACCGAAUUUCGUGGACCCGAGCCUGAUAUAAGCGCUGCAUUGUUUGGGCAGGAGCUUGAGUGUGUGUAAACAUGGAUUGUCAUCGCAGCAGGCAGAUUACACACGGCGAUGAAUAGGUUAUUGCGUGACGAGCUAUGUGCGUCGCAGAGAAGACAUGGUAAAGGAGGCCAUAGCACCUGGGAGCUUGGACGUGGGUUUGCCGUGCGUUGCCAUUCCCCGAGCAGCUUGAUGAUCGUCUGGUAGCGAGAUGCAACUAUUGGAGGAAGAGCCGUUGCGGCUUUAUUGAAUGCUACGUGAAUAGACGUGCGCACAUGAUGUAUGUGAGGGACGCAUUUAAGUUUGUCACGCUUUUGUAGUGAACCUAUGGCG